AAUGUGUCUCAAAUGGAAAAUAUCGAUAAACUUCACUACAGAUCCAAUACUAUGGCUCACGUCUGUUGGCACAGGAACUGCAGUAUAAGUGCUGCCGAUUACGAACACGCGCUCACUAGUUGUUUGAGUGGAUAUUUGCUCAGAAAAUUCAAGAAUAGCAGCGGUUGGCAGAAGUUGUGGGUUGUAUUCACUCACUUCUGUCUAUUCUUCUAUAAGUCCUGUCAGGACGACUUUCCAUUGGCCAGUCUUCCGGUCAUUGGAUACACGGCUAGUAUGCCAUCCGAAACGGAUAAUAUGAAUAAGAGUUUUGUGUUUAAAUUGCAAUUCAAAACUCAUGUCUACUUUUUUCGUACGGAAAGUGAGUACACAUUCAGGCAAUGGAUUGAAGUCAUAAGAAAUUCUACAAUCAAUUCGGAUUCAUCUCAACACACAAUGCAAUAGAUAUAUACAAUAAUUUCAUAGUAUAAUAAUUGCAAUACUCCACACAU